GUUCCUUCCCUCUACACCUUAUAAUAAUAUACCUGUGGAUGACAGAAUCCAGUCGAUUUUCUUCAGCCCACGUAACCCUCAAAGAGCCUCCUCAACACAGCUACACACUGAUAACAAUGACUUCAUUCCCGAAGCCCCGAGCCCCCGGGCCCAGAUCCGCAGUCGGGGACUCGCUCGACAUUGAGCAUCGCAACGCCGUUCUACGGGCUACGUCCAACGUUUUGUCUACGUCACACUGCAUCCUUACCAUGGCGCAGCUCAUGGAUGGACUUCCGUUGUGUGAUAUUGCUAGAUGCUCAAGAGGAGCUCGGAUAGGGGUCGGCCAUCCCCUCAACAAUCAUACCGAGCUUUGCGACGGUGUUAUGGAAAGAACAGAAGCUUGGAUUGCGGGUCUUGACUUGUCAAGUCUUCAGCUCGAGAGAACACUGUUAGAAAACUUCAACAACACCGAGACAGGCAGUGAUGAGUUCAACUUGCGUCUUGUCGAGGUGGUAGCGGCGUCAAUCCACCAACUCUCUGUCAUCUUGUACAAUAAGCAGGACAAGUGUCAUGUUGAAGCUGAAAUCCGCAGCGUCACCUCAUGGCAAAGGGCACGCCGUCCUUCUGACACGUGGACAGUCCACCUGGCUCCUUGGCCGACACUCUUCUUAAAUCAUGAAUAUCUGAAUUACGACCAAUAUCCUGAUGGACUCGCUGACGCGGCUGCCUACUGGGCCGAGGAUCGAAUAUUUGGAGGGGUGGUGCUAUUUGAGCGUGGAGAGUCUGAUACUGAAUGCAAGAGCAUCUACUUUCAUUCGGGCCGACGCAAGGAAACAGUACGGGCAUGGAAAUUACCAGAACACCACCUUAGGGCGCUUCUGGUUUUCCUCACCAGUGAUUCAAUCGGCAAAGGCGAGGACUCACCUUGUCCCAUACCCAUAUCCUGUGAGCGGACGAAUAUCCAUCGGGUUGACUCAUGGGAUGCAAUGGCGGCCAGGCACAUCUACCGCGACCCCUGGGAGCGAAAGGUGCCACUCGAAAAGGACGUCAAUAGCAUUCGGUAUAAUGACUUCGACUAUCCUUGAUGAUGUCGAUUGCCUACCUAGAUACAGUUAUGCGCAUGAAAAGGCCCGGAAUGUACGUGGGUAGGCGUGGGUGUGGACUCAUUGGCAGACUUCAGCAGCUGUGCUAAGGCAGUACUGGGGCAAAUCAGCUACAAGUGGUUUCGUUUUUAAUCCCCAUACAUGUAAAAUGUACGUGGCGCCUUCAUACAGUGGUAAACGAUCAAGACCCAGCGUUUGAAGAAAUACAGUGCCAAUAACAGUGGAAAGAGAAUACAGUAUGUGGGCACGUGGCUGAGCCUCGUACCGUACAGACAAGGCUGGAAGGUAUCGCUCCCAAAUCAACUACAAACAGCUAGUCCUGGAGAUCUCGUGCCCGCAAUGCAUUGGGGAUGAACCUGUAAUGGAUGUUUGAAACAAAUUCCAACCUGCUCCCCGAUGCUAUGCCAGUGGUUUUGUGUAACUAGGUCUGAG